AUGGCGACCCGCGCACAGAAGCGCGUGAACCUCGCGGUUUCCAAGAUCGUUCCACCCGUGUUGGUCGGCUUUAUGGUUUAUGCCUCCUACGCGGUCACGAAACCAUUAUGCAUUGACUAUCUUAUCCACCCUUUACCUUCCUAUAAUCGAAGCUCUCGGGUUGGCGCUGGCGCCGCAAUUCUCGUCAUUUACUACCUUCUCUUAAUACCCAUGUUUGGAACCUAUAUUCGACUUCUUUAUACCGUUGUACGGAAUCCUGGAUAUUUGCCUCUCGGGCCCGAAUGCUUGCAGGCAGACGCGGCCGAGCAAGACUCGAAGCCCUCGAACAAACGACCCGGGUGGUGGAGAUCAAAGUCUCAACAGACAGAAAAGGUGGACGAGGCUUCGGAUUUGGAGCACGGAGGGAAGAACUAUCAUGGUGGCCAAGGGUCCCAGGGAGAUGCACUCAGUCUGGAGAGCUUCUAUAUGAAAGACGUCUUUGUGUGUCAGGACGAUGGGCGACCUCAAUAUUGCUCCACGUGCUGCCAAUUCAAGACUGAUCGAGCACACCAUUGCCGAGAAAUCAAUCGCUGCGUGGCAAAAAUGGAUCACUUCUGUCCUUGGGUCGGCGGCGUUGUUUCGGAGACAACCUUCAAGUUCUUCAUUCAGUUCGUGGGCUAUACGGCGAUUUUCUGUAUAUUUGCUCUUAUUGUAUCUGCAUACUUUACAGCAGAAUUACGCCGCAACACGGGAGCCGUGAACCCGCAUUGGUGUGUUUGCCUUGGACUCGGCGCAUUCUUUGGCUUCUUUACCGGUGUCAUGACCCUCAGCUCUCUCCAAAUGGCCAUGGUGAAUGUUACCACAAUCGAAAACCUGAGCCGUCGAUCGCGCGUCUGGACACUCGCCAUCCGAGUCCCCGAGCCUCUUCUUGACCGACUCUGGGUCAGCGAAUCCGCAUGGGCUCCUACCUUCCGCAUGGUCUCAUACCCACCAGAAGGAAGUAUAUCACCAUCACAGCCCCAACCCAGCGAUAUCUCUACAACAGCACGCCACGUCUUCGCCAUCCUGCACACUAGCCCAGGCGAGAACCCUUUCGAUCUCGGCAUUUGGAAAAACCUCCAACAGGUCAUGGGUUACAGCCUCACAGACUGGCUUCUUCCUCUGAAACCGAGCCCUUGUGCCGACCACACCAGCCAGGAAAGCGCCUUCGCUGUUGGUCCCGUAGUGACUCGACUAAAGCAGGAAGCGGGCUUAGUACCGCCACACUAG